AAAAGAAAAUCUGAGUGGCAUUUUGGUGUUGACCAUUGAGGAGGAGGAUGGGCUGAGAUGGUAAUUUCAUCACAUCCAGCUUUAAUCCAUAUCCGCCAUUGCAAGACCCUCCAGCAACUCAAACAAGUCCACGCCCAAACAGUCACAAGCGGCCUGAUUUCCCUGUUGCCCUCACUGCUGCUCACCAAAAUCCUCUAUACCUCAACCCUUUUGACUCCCUUACCUUCUCUCCACUACCCAUUAUGCAUCUUCAACCAAAUCCCCAGUCCUUCCACUUUCUGUUACAACACCAUGAUCCGUCUCUACACUCUCCUCUCUUCCCCUCUUUCUGCCCUCUUCCUGUUCGUCAAAAUGCGACGCCUAUGUGUUCCCCCUGAUACCCACACCUUCCCUUUUGCACUCAAGGCAUGUGCACGCAUCAAUGCAAUUUCCUUCGGCCGGACCCUCCAUUCACAAGCCAUCAAGUUCGGCGUUUAUUCAGAUCUCUUUGUCCAGAACACCUUGAUUCAUUUGUACUCUAAUUCGAGUUCCAUGAUCGAUGCUUACCAACUGUUCGAUGAAAGUGCCAAUCGGGACGUUGUUUCAUACAACACAUUGAUUGAUGGGUUUGUCAAGGCUGGCGAGAUAAGACGAGCACGAGAAAUUUUUGAUACGAUGCCCACAAGAGAUGCUGUUUCCUGGGGUACCCUCGUGUCGGGAUAUGCCCAGAUGAACCAAUGCAAGGAAGCAAUGGAACUCUUUGAUCAGAUGCUUGAUUUGGGGGUGAAGCCUGACAACAUUGCAUUGGUUUCGGCUCUCUCUGCUUGUGCGCAAAUUGGGGCCCUCGAACAAGGGAAAGCAAUUCACAACUACAUAGACCGAAACAGGGCUCGACUUGAUAAUUUCUUGGCAACUGCUCUGGUGGACAUGUAUGCCAAAUGUGGUUGUGUUGGAAUUGCUAGAGAAAUCUUUGACUCGAGCCCAGAUAAGAACUUGUUUACAUGGAAUGCCAUGGUUAUUGGGCUUGCCAUGCAUGGGGAAGGUGAAUUAGCUUUAGAGUAUUUCUUUAGGAUGAAGGAGGCUGGCGUUAGACCUGAUGGGGUCAGCUUCUUGGGGGUCCUGGUGGGUUGUAGCCAUGCCGGUCUGGUGAAUGAAGCCCGGCGGCUUUUUGAUGAGAUGGAAAACAUCUAUAGGGUUCGGCGUGAGCUCAAGCACUAUGGUUGCAUGACUGAUCUGUUAGGUCGAGCUGGUUUAAUUGAGGAAGCUUUGCAUAUGAUAGAAGCAAUGCCAAUGAAAGGUGAUUUGUUUGUGUGGGGUGGUUUACUUGGUGGUUGUAGGCUCCAUGGGAAUGUUGAGAUUGCAGAGAUUGCAUCAAAGCAGAUAAUGGAGUUGGACCCAGAAGAUGGUGGUGUAUAUUCAAUCAUGGCAAAUAUCUAUGCCAACGCAAAGAGGUGGGAAGAUGUCUCAAGGAUGAGAAGGUUGAUGAAUGUUAAGAGGAUCAAGAAAAAUGCUGGUUGUAGCUUGAUUCAAGUGGGUGGGAUGACCCACGAAUUUGUUGCCGGGGAGAGACUGCAUCCUCAGGUUGAUAAUAUCUACUGGGUUUUGGAUGGAAUUGGAAGGCAACAACAGUUGGAAGCGUGAUAGAAUCCAAGUGCCCAAAGCCUAGAGGAAGAGUAGAAGCAUGAGAGUGUGCUAAAGAGAGAAGCUGGAGAGUGUAUUUCUGCAUACACAUGUAUGUGUAGUGGAUUCUAAGCUUAAUCAUAUUGGAAAUUGAAGAUGGAUAAGGGGAAGCACUUCUAAUGGUUUGACCCAAUAGUUUUUUGAA